AUGGUGAAGGCCUACCCCACGGUGAGCGAGGACUACCUCAAGGCGGUCGACAAGGCCAAGCGCAAGCUCCGCGGCCUCAUCGCCGAGAAGAACUGCGCCCCGCUCAUGCUCCGCCUCGCCUGGCACUCCGCGGGCACCUUCGAUGUGGCCACCAAGACCGGGGGGCCCUUCGGCACCAUGAAGAACCCCGCCGAGCAGGCGCACGGAGCCAACGCCGGACUGGAAAUUGCCGUCAGGCUGCUAGAGCCCAUCAAGGAGCAGUUCCCCAUCCUAUCCUACGCUGACUUCUACCAGCUUGCCGGAGUCGUGGCAGUUGAGGUAACCGGCGGACCUGAUGUCCCCUUCCACCCUGGGAGGCAGGACAAGUCUGAGCCUCCGCCAGAAGGUCGCCUUCCCGAUGCCACCCAAGGUUCUGAUCACCUCAGGCAGGUUUUCUCCACACAGAUGGGUUUGAGCGACCAGGACAUUGUUGCACUUUCUGGUGGUCACACCCUGGGAAGAUGCCACAAGGAUAGGUCUGGGUUUGAGGGAGCCUGGACAUCCAACCCUUUAAUCUUUGAUAACUCAUACUUCACGGAGCUUCUGAGUGGAGAGAAGGAAGGCCUUCUGCAGCUACCAAGUGACAAAGCCCUCCUCUCUGAUCCAUCCUUCCGCCCACUUGUUGACAAAUAUGCAGCAGAUGAGGACGCUUUCUUUGCUGACUACGCCGAGGCCCACCUGAAGCUUUCUGAAUUGGGAUUUGUUGAGGCGUAA